ACCACACCAAGGGAUCACAGGUCCUUUGACCCAUGUCACGGUCACCUAUCAACUCAUUUUCCCGUCAAUCGGAACCUCCGUUUCCGACGAAACCAUGGCGGCGAAUAUCCUCCGCACUCCUCUCUCCUCAAACGCGAAGCUCAUUCCCAACUUCCACUACUCUAGAAUCAGGACUUUCCAGUUCAAUCCUGUCAAUCUCAACCGAAGCCGCAGCGAUCCCCAUUUGAUCUGUAAUGGCGUCUUCACCAAGCCAAUCGAUUUCGACCUUCCGAAGGAGGUCCAGAAGCAGGCCAACCCGGAGGAUUCGACGGUGCUUUUGGAUGUGACGGGGAUGAUGUGCGGCGCGUGCGUCUCACAAGUCAAAUCAAUCCUUUCAGCCGACGACCGAGUCGAGUCAGCCGUGGUCAACUUGCUAACUGCGACGGCGGCGGUGAAAUUGAAACCGGAUUCUGUGGCGGAGGGGUGCGCUGCUGAGGAUCUGGCUAAGAGGCUGACGGAAUGUGGCUUUCCGUCGAAGAAGAGAGCUUCCUGGCUUGGGAUCAAGGACAAGGUGAAGAACUGGAAGGAGAUGGUGGCGAAGAAGGAAGCUUUGCUUGCCGAGAGUCGUAACCGAGUGGCUUUUGCCUGGACGCUGGUGGCUCUUUGUUGUGGAGCUCACGGGUCCCAUAUUCUGCACUCUUUGGGCUUCCAUGUCGGCUAUGGGCCCUUCAUGGACCUACUGCAUAAUUCCUACUUGAAAGGUGGAUUGGCUUUAGGAGCUCUAUUAGGGCCUGGAAGAGACAUGCUUUCUGAUGGGGUACGAGCCUUCAUGAAGGGGUCACCAAAUAUGAACUCUCUUGUUGGUUUUGGAUCACUUGCUGCAUUCAGCAUAAGUGCUGUCUCACUCCUUAAUCCUGAUCUUCAGUGGGAUGCAUCAUUUUUUGAUGAACCUGUUUGUUCUCUCCUCUCUAUAUUCCUGAUACAUUUUAAUGAGUUUAUCCACUUUUUUUCCCUUAGAGCAUCCCUAGUGGAGAGGGAAAGCAUGAGAAAAUAUGAUGUGGCAAAGAAGAAAGAUGGGGGAAUGGUUAGAAUGUGAAGAGGAAAAGAGAAGAGAGAUGAGAGGAAGGUGUUUUCAUCGGGGGAAAGAAGAGAAAAUAUUUUUUACAAAAAUUUGGUCAAGACGUUGGAAACCAACCUAAUCUUUUGGCUUUCCACUUAUUUUUUUAAUUUUGGUUUUCCACUUAAUUUGAAACUAAACUUUCAAGUUUUGUUUCCGGUUCAAAUAAAAAAAUAUUUUUAUUUUUUAGCCAUUAGUUUUUUUCAGAUCCUUUAAUUAUAAAUCCCAAUCUCAUAUUCACUCCAAUAACCACAAAAAUUCAUGUUUAUACUCUAAUUUUUAUUUUCAAGAGAUCCUAAUCCAAAUAUAAAUUUUCCUAAUUU